AUGAGUUCCGAAGAGGCAGAUAAGGCGACGGAUUCGCCAACCGGCAACAGGAAAUUUCGGCGUGCCACCCACGCCUGCGCGAGAUGCCGGGUGCGCAAGGUGCGGUGUGAUGUUGAAAUGCGGGGCGGACAAUGUACAAACUGCCUGCUCGAUGGACGAGAGUGCAGAGUCGAAGAAUCAGAGCGCAUCAAGCGACGACGGCGGCGUGCGCUAGGCCUUAGAGGGCGUGGAUGGCCGAAUAUGGCCCCGUCGUUAUCUCUCUUGGGCCACGGUCACCGAGAGAAUAACGGCCACCUUGACUUCGAUGGUGUCGAGGACAGUGAGCCCCAGACGGAGCCGCGCGAACGGGAGAAAAACACAAGGGUAGCAUCACCCAAGUCCACUUCAAGCGCUCCUCUUAUAGACGCCAAUCAGGUCGACGGCAUUGGACCCGAUGCGUCUCGAAGCCCAGUUGGUCCUUCAUCAGCCAUUGAACACUAUUGCGAGCAGGACACAAGGAUCAUAUCGUGCCAGAAGGAAGGCUAUAAAUAUGGAGCAACGGCGGCUGCGGACGACACAGCCUCCAGAUCUAUAGAUGAGGCUGUCUCCCCGUCACACUACAUCGGGUAUUCUUACUAUCAGUUUCUAACUGUUGACAACGUUUCCCAAAUUCCUGCUCGGGCAUACCAGCUCCUAGAGCUGCAGGGCUGUCUGCAUGUUCCUCUUCGUCCAACUCUCGACGUACUCGUCCGCCAGUACUUUAUGCACAUGCAUCCCAUGCUACCAAUUCUUGACGAGGGCAUGUUUUGGGACAUAUAUGACCGGCAUCCCAACCAGAGCGACUCCUUCGGAACGAUCCCACUUCUCCUAUUCCAGGCUAUGCUAUUUGCAUGCUGCAAUUUCGUUCCGCAAACAACUUUGAACCAGCUCGGGUUCAACACAGCGCGCAAGGCCCGGGCCACAUUCUAUCGCCGGGCGAAACUUCUGUUUGGCCUUGAGGCUGAUGGCUCGUCAAUUACCAGGUCUCAGGCCGCAUUACUCCUCGCCUCCUGGUCUUUCUCAUCCUAUGAGUUGCCGCGGAAAGCCAAUAUCCCAUGGCUUUCAAUAGCCAUUCAACAUGCUCGUGACGCCGACGCCCAUAACUACAAAGCAUUUGCUGAAGGGUCGGAGAGCUACGAAGUUCGCAAGCGAUUGUGGUGGUGUUGUAUCAUUCGGGACCGCCUGUUUGCCUUGGGGAUGCGUCGGCCCCUCCAUAUCACAGCGGGACAGUUCAACGUUGUCCAACAUUCAGGGCUCAGUUAUUACGAAUUGGUCGGUGAACUGCACCGCAGCAAAGUGCAUGAUCUCGCCGUCAAGAUGCAGCUGGCCAAUAUUCUUGAGCUCCUGGUCGAGCUGUGCAUAAUACUAACCGAUAUCCUUGAGCUCGCCUUUCCCAUGGAAGCAGGAUUGACACACUGCGGUAAUGGUACAGAUAUACAGCGACGGGUUCAUAAUUCCAGGGUUGCCCUCCGGAAAUGGCAUGCGGAGGCGCUGCUAAAGCUGCCGGCUGCCGCAACAUCGUCUGACGAGGCCAACCAGCAUGAUUCGGUGAUCCUUUUCACCAACCUUGUCUAUAUGUACUACUAUUCCACCAAGGCCACACUUGGGCACUACGAAAUGCUGCAGCUUACGACCGCUGCAGCACCAUCCUCACCGGAAUCAACCAACAUAUUUGCCCUGGAGAAUAAUCACCUUGAGCUUCAGAAUGCAACCCUAGAGAUCACUUCCUGCUUGCAGAAGCUAGCCUACCGUCGAUUGAUCAAGUGGCUCCCUGUCACAGCAGUCUCUUGCACUGCACUACCCCUUUUGUUGCAUAUUCUUGGCUUGGAAGUCUCCUCCUCACUCCAUGUCGACACAGCGAACCAGUCGAAGCUGAUCACCCAGCGGCUUAAAGUCCUGCAGAUGGCCAUGGAGAUGUACCAGCUCCAAUACGAGGGCGUUGACUGGAUUAGUGAGACAAUUAAUCGCGUAGUCACCAUGGCCCGGGCUGGGACGACUUCCAUUUCUCGGGCGCUGGAAACGUCCUCCAUCCCACAGUACUCGGGGCGCAGGGAAGGACGUGUCCCCAUGCUAACGUUCCAACCAGCCUGGUACCUCAUAAUGGCCUUCAGCAUCGAUGUGGCCUUGAGCAAAGGCCGUCUACCGAAAGAUCAAAGCUCCUGUCAGAGCUUCCACGAGCUAAUCUUGGCCGAGAUGUCCCAGUCAAAGGACGGUCCAAACCGACUGCUGGCGGGGAAUGAUAUCUCGAGCCACAUUCCAGAGGGGAUGGGAAAUCAACCGGAUGCCCUCCCUGUGGCAAUCUUUGCCUCAACGCCGUCGCAACCUGAGCCUCCAUACACUAUCACAGAAUUCAGAGAUUCUUGGGACAUACUCUUCCCUCAGAGAUUGGCACCAGAGCAGGCAGGGAACAGCACGGUUCGCGGUGUUGGAUCUGGCGCUAAUGCGCCGCCCUCUGCUGAGGAUACGUAUAGCGUGGGAAAUGAGGGUUCUGCUUCGGCAUACACUGAUAUAUCUGCAUUAUUGAGCCGGGAAGGACUCGAUGUCAACGGCCAGUUCCCUCUUGCCAUUACACCUGUAUGA